AUGGAGUACCUCCGGAUCUUCCAUUUUCCUAUACGGUUUUAUAGGGAUCAAAUAGAAAUAACGAAGGAUGAUAAGACACGGAUCAUCCAGAUUCAAGGCCAGCGACCGCUCUCUACUCAGACUAAAGCUCGUUUCAAUGAAGCUUACCGUGUCCCUGAGUCGUGUGAUAUGACUAAAUUGAUCACUUCCUUCUCACAUGGACUCUUGACUAUCGAGUUUCCAAAGGUCCUUGAAGGUGAGAAACCUGAAAAAACAGUCCAAAAUCAGGAGGAAAGUGGAGGAGCUGGUCCAAAUGAGAGUAGCUUGGGAAGAAAGAAACCUUUGGAUGUGGAGAAACAAGUGGGAACAAGUCAAGAGAAUGUUGCUCCAAUGGCGAACAAAGAAGAACCCAAAACGUAUAAAUCUGUGGUUGAGGGUAAAAGACCGGUCCCAACCGGUAUUCCAGAGAGGUUUGAACAGAAAAUGAAGGAGAGAGAAGCAAGCCCUAGCUUGGGGCGAAAGGAGGCUACUCAAAUAGGUCAACAAAAGAGUGUACAGAAGUUGAAGGAACAAGAAGGUAGAAGUACACCACCAACAAUUGGUAGUAGCUUGAAACCUAAGGUACAUGCCAAAGAAGAUAAAGUAACUGAGACAAAGAAAGAUGGUGAUCUAGGUCAGAAUAAGACUGGACCGGUUAGCAGAACGCCGAUCACUAAUGAUGGCUUAGAACCCAAGGUACAUGCUAAAGCAGAAAAAGUAGUUGAGAGAAUGGGAGAUGGUGAAAUAGGUCAGAAGCUGAAAGAGGAAGGAAAGAUCGGCUUGGGACAAAAGAAAGAGGAGAAAAACACAAAGCCAGCUGUUGGUAAGGAGGGAAGAAAAACAGGUAAGGAAAUUGCUGCGACGAACCAGGUACGGACUGAGCUAAAAACGAAAGAGAAAGUUGAAAGACUAGCACAUGAUUUUAAUCGUAACGGGAAAAGCAAAGAAAAAGAUGAGAAUAUGGUUGGAGACAAGGUAAGCGAAGAAGAGACUCAAGAGAGAGUCAAGCAAAAGAAGGAAGAAGAAGCCGGUUUAGCCAAAGAAACAGGAGAUGUGAAGGAUAAUGCUGAAUUCAUGAAACCGGAAAAGGUAGAUUCAGAUGAUCCUGUGAAGGAAGAAUCAACGCGAUUUGGUGAAGAUAGAGAGAAGAUUGUUAAAAAGAGUUUAGGAUCCGAAACUGAUCCAUUACUAGUCGAAGAAGGUAAGAAGAAGAACGACAUGGAUCCUCCAGAAGUAGGAAGAAGAGGAAUGGAUCAAGAGAGUCAGAAAUUUGACCUAUCUUUGGUGAAUGUUGGAGUUGCUGCUCUUGUGAUCAUGGGAUUUGGCGCUUACGCCUUUGUACCACUUGUAAAAUUGUUCUAUUGA